AGGCAAGUGCCCGGCGCCAAGGUGGGUCUGCAGCACAACCUCGGCCUCGGAGGAGCCGUCGUCGUCACGGUCUACAAGAUGGGAUUUCCCGAGGCUGCCAGAGCUUACCAAAUUGAGGCUGCUCCAACUGGCUCUGCAGUUGAUGGAUUUAAGGCAAAUCUGAUCUUUAAGGAGAUUGAGAAAAAGCUUGAAGAGGAAGGGGAGCAGUUUGUGAAGAAAAUUGGUGGUGUUUUUGCCUUCAAAGUGAAGAAUGGCCCUAAUGGGAAAGAAGCCACAUGGGUAGUGGAUGUGAAGAACGGCAAAGGAUCUGUGCUCCCUAACUCAGACCAGAAGGCCGACUGCACUAUCACGAUGGAGGACUCAGACUUGCUGGCUUUGAUGACUGGGAAAAUGAACCCUCAGUCGGCCUUUUUUCAAGGCAAAUUGAAAAUCACAGGCAACAUGGGCAUGGCGAUGAAGUUGCAGACCCUUCAGCUGCAGCCGGGCAAAGCGAAGCUGUGAAGAACUAAUUCCCUCUUGGGCUGGUUUGAAAAUCAAGAUGAGCUCUAUAGAUUAUCUCUCCCUCUAGUUCACUGUUGGAAUUUAGACUGAAACUACACAUUGGCAAAUAGCAUUGAGAUGUGUUUUUGAAUGGGUGUGUCCAAUCUUGUUUUUCAUAACUCUGGGUGAAGUGAGCCUUGAAUGGUAUACUGCUGCUAUGCUGAAUUGCAUACAACCGUGCAUUGCGAAGUUAAAUAUGGUAAUUAUGGUUUGGGGUAAAAUUGAAUUUCAGAAUAAAAUUAGGAACAGCAAAAUCCAAAAACUAUGUAAACAAAAGCUCUCAUUUUGCUUAUAAAGUAUUUCUAAGGAUUAUUCUGCUGAAGAUUCAAUUACAAGUUUUCCUUGGGAGAACUAAGAAAGUGUAUAAUACCAGUCUUUAGCCAUAACUUAGUGUUGUACACUUAAUACCUUAUACUAUUUUUCAUUAAAAGUUCUGUACUGG